GACUCUCAGCUGUCGGGGUAGAGGGGAGGGGAAAGAAAAGCUCUCUGCUUUAGGGUUUUGCACGUCUUCGACUCCAUUUCUCUGUGACCCGAGCAACCAUCGAAUUCAACAGUCAUGGCAAGCACCAAAGUUCAGAGGAUCAUGACCCAACCCAUUAACCUGAUUUUCAGGUUUCUUCAGAGUAAAGCUCGUAUUCAAAUAUGGCUUUUUGAGCAGCGGGACCUGAGGAUUGAGGGCAGAAUUAUUGGUUUUGAUGAGUACAUGAAUUUGGUUCUGGAUGAUGCUGAAGAAGUCAAUGUCAAGAAGAAGAGUAGAAAAUCUCUAGGGCGGAUUCUUCUUAAGGGAGACAACAUAACUCUGAUGAUGAACACGGGAAAAUGAUGAUUCCAGCAUCCUUUUCAAUUACAUGGAGGUUAGCUGCUUUCAGUUUACUGCUAUUUUAGAUCCCUGUUGGAGAUCAUGUAUGAUUAUGAUUAAUCAGCUUACUAAUGAACUUUCCUGUCGGAGAUCAUGUAUGAUCAAUCCACUUAUUAAUGAUUCUAGAUCCUUAGGCUAGACUCAUGACACUAUUUUUUUUUUUUAAGUAAAGACUCAUGACACUAUUUGUUGCUCUCUUACAUGGUUUAUCCUGCUUUCUGCACAAUUGGCUAUGCUUCUAUUCGCAUUUUGAUA